CUAGGACACCGUGAUGCAUGAUGACCACGCAGCGCGACCAUCUCUUUCCGACGACGUCGAUAGGGCGCACUCAAAGCCGUCUGCUGAGCAGGACACCGUCGAAUGAAUCUCUGACUGCGCACCCUCUUCUUUCGCCCACGGGCGACUCUGCACAGCGAUAUGUACCGUACACGCCCAGGCAGCGACUACCAACGACGACAGCUACGACGACGAAUGUACUACCUUCGGCCUCCUCUUCUAACAUACAACAUCAGGGUGACGCGACGAGCAAGCUGCAGCUGAUGAACCUCAAGGCGGCGGCCCAGAAUAUCGGCCUGGAUACGGGAACAAUUGGCUGGGCCAUUCUUGAGAAGCUUACCUCGGAGACGGAGAACGCAGAGGAAUGGGUAGAUGUUUGGAGUGCUGUUACCAAUGGCAAAGCAACACUUUUAUUGCCAUUGGAACCAGCGACGAAUGAAAGGAUCACUGCCGACUUUGUGAAGGACCAUAUCGUCCUUUGCGAUGGGUCUUCACGCAAGGAAGCUCCCAUCGUUACCUUGUCUGGUCUCCGAGGUGUGCUGAAUAACACGACACUUACCUUCCAAUCUUCCCUUCACCCUUCUUCAAAGCUCUACCAAGGAAUCUUGACUCCUUCUACGCGAUCCACAACACUUGCGAACCUACCACCCUUACCUCAAGUGACGAGUGCAUUUCCUUCUUUCCGCGUACCAUCACACACUACAUCAUUACCUGUUCCACCCCGCGCGAAACCUCCACUCCCUCCUCGUCCAUCUCAGCAAGCGUCGCGUUUAACAAAUCCUUUCGCAUCUCUCUUUGGUCAUAAAUCGACGCCGUCAACGAGUAGUAUUUCUAGUGUUGAAGAUACUUUCCCCACUUUCCCCGCCCCUAUAAUCAUUCCUGCAUUUACUAUUUCGGAACCGGUCAUCUUCAACGAUAUAUGUAAACAGACUCUGCUUGCACUCAAGAGUUGCAUAUCAGAGUCUCUAGCUGGUUCACCACGCUGGCUGAUUAAUCGUACGAGAGCGUUCACGGACAGUCUUCAUCCCUUUUACAGGGUGAGGAAAUCGGAGGCUGGCGGGGAGGCCAAUCCCGGCGUGAAAUACGUGAUCCAGCCCAUCGACUAUGACACGGCCGAGGUGUCAGACAUGUUUCAAGACUUCUACUAUGGAAUAGAGGAGGAACUUAGGUUACGAGCAAGGAAGGAAGAUGAGGAGAAGAACGAGCUCCAAGAUCCGUCUUCUGAGGAUGACGAAACCAAGGUGCUUGAUCGCGUCGAGAAGGCGAUAUGCGAGCUGUUUUACGAUAGGCUCUUAUAUCCCUCGCAGUCGGACGAUCUCGAUCACGAUGAAGCAUUGUCGAGUCGUGUUGCUGCACUGAACAUGCUCGACCUUGGUCUCCAGCAUCUUGACAUUAUUAUUGACGGAGAUGUUGCCAACCAACAAGACCUAGACGGUCUAAUUCAGGCUUGCGGAGGCAUGCUGACCCAACUAGACUCCGUCAGAUCUCCGGCCGAUAAAGCUGCGCUUCUUGUUGAGGCUCACAAGAUUAUCGUUGAGGGUCUUACCAGACUACCGCCCAUACGCCUGAGAAACGAGAACGAAACGCUGCCAGCAGAAGUGAUGCUGGAGCCAACGCAGAAGGCCAGAAAUCUGAGCAAGGACCAGGACCAUGGCUCCCUACGCAUCGAGUCCCAGGCAAAGGAUCCCGCCCCAAACUCACAAUCGGUCCCUACCAUCGCCGAACCAGAACAGAAAGCCAACGGAGUCAUUGUGCAUAGUUCGGCAGUAAAUGACGAAGGGAACAAACCGGUUUCCCCCUCCUCUUCAUCACCUCGACCUUCGACGGCGGCUUCAGAUAAACCUAACACAUCGCAAGAUGAAACGCCAAUAUCUCUUGACGUUCUCUUCCCUCUUCUCAUUUUUUCUGUCGUCAAGUCGAAUCCCCCUCAUCUCGUGUCGCAUGUAUUGUAUACCCAACGAUUCAGAAACAAACACGCGAAUGGAGAAGAGAACUAUUGUGUUAUCAACCUUAUGGCCGUUAUCGAGUUCCUGGAGAAUGUGGAUCUGAAGAGCCUGGGCUUGGGUCAGGAGGGUGGACGAGUGUUGAGUGCGGCAGAUCUGACCCCAAUACCUAUCGUGACGUCCGCUCCCCCUCCCUCUUCACGUGCUUCCUCGCAGGAGCGGGGCGCCGCCAAGGAUGGAUUACGCGGUCGCGUGGAGCAGCAAGUCGACGCGAUCGCUGGAUCUGCGAACAAGGUCCUCACUGGAGUUGUCGAUACCUCAUUCGGGAUGCUCAAGUCUCUGCUGCCGAACAAUACCAACGCACCUGCCAUGGAUAACGUGCAGGGCUCUACUCCUUGGAAUGCAGUGAGGCCUGGAUUUGGGCUGUUGAGGAGGGAGAGUGGGUUUUCGAUCAAGAGCAUGUUGCCUGGGUCGACGCCGAAAAUGGGAGGCGAGGAGGAACUGGUUACGGUGUCGAGGCCGGGGUCGGUGCGGAGCAGGAGGAGCAGAGCUGGGUCGGUUAGAAGCGGGGUAUUUAUGUCGAGUGACGAUGAGAGUGAGGAGGAGGAAGAGGAGGAGAGCGAGGAUGAUGACGAAGACGAAGAAGAAGCGGAUUAUAGUCCCCCUGGGGAUAUGAAGAGUAUCAAGAGUUUCGAGAGUAUGAUGAGCUCGAAGAAGAAGCGGAGGAAGACGUCGCGGCCGAGUUUGAGUGACCGGCUGGCUAGUGUCUCUGCUCUUACUGCGAAGAAGAGCUCGCCUCCAAGGCCGUCUAUUCUGCCGCCUACAUCUCAUCUGGUUGACAGUCCUGUUGCGGAGUCCGUGGUACAGGGACGGUUAUCUCUGGCACCACCCAAUAAACGAUUCUUAGAUUGCGAGGUGGACGAUUUGAAGAUGUCGGAAGUUGCGGAGCUAUUGAAGGAGUAUAGACGUAUUGUAGAGGAUGUUAGGGCGAUCGGUGGGUUCAAGCCUGAGUAGAUAUGUAGAUAUGAUCUUUUGUGCGGACGAUAUAUAUAUAUAUAUAUUUUGCAAUGGUAUACAUAUAC